AUGGCGGCGGUGGUUCAGAAUGUGGUCAAGCUGCUGGGCGAGCAGUAUUACCGGGAUGCCAUGGAGCAGUGCCACAGCUACAACGCGCGGCUCUGCGCCGAGCGCAGCGUGCGCCUGCCCUUCCUGGACUCGCAGACCGGCGUGGCCCAGAGCAACUGCUACAUCUGGAUGGAGAAACGGCACCGUGGGCCCGGUUUGGCAGCCGGGCAGCUCUACUCGUACCCGGCACGGCGCUGGCGCAAGAAACGCCGCGCCCACCCCCCGGAGGACCCCCGGCUCUCCUUCCCCUCCAUCAAACCCGACACGGAGCAGGCUCUGAAGAAGGAGGGGUUGCUGUCGCAGGACGGGAGCAGCCUGGAGGCUCUGCUCAGGACGGAUCCCCUGGAGAAGAGAUCCCUGCCCGACCCCAGGAUGGACGACGACAGCCUGGGCGAGUUCCCGGUCACCAACAGCCGUGCCAGAAAGCGGAUCCUGGAGCCCGAUGAUUUCCUGGACGAUUUGGACGAUGAGGAUUAUGAGGAGGACACGCCCAAGAGGAGGGGGAAGGGCAAAGCCAAGGGAAAAGGCGUCGGGGGGGCUCGGAAGAAGCUGGAUGCCGCCAUCCUGGAGGACAGGGACAAACCCUACGCAUGUGACAUCUGCGGGAAGCGCUACAAGAACCGCCCGGGGCUGAGUUACCACUACGCCCAUUCCCACCUGGCCGAGGAGGAGGGGGACGACAAGGACGACUCCCAGCCCCCCACUCCGGUCUCCCAGCGCUCCGAGGAGCAGAAAUCCAAGAAGGGUCCGGAUGGGUUGGCCCUUCCCAACAAUUACUGCGAUUUCUGCCUGGGAGACUCCAAGAUCAACAAGAAGACGGGACAGCCUGAGGAGCUCGUGUCCUGCUCCGACUGCGGCCGCUCCGGUCACCCGUCCUGCCUGCAGUUCACGCCGGUGAUGAUGGCAGCAGUGAAGACGUACCGCUGGCAGUGCAUCGAGUGCAAGUGCUGCAACAUCUGCGGCACCUCCGAGAACGAUGACCAGCUGCUGUUCUGUGACGACUGCGACCGCGGGUACCACAUGUACUGCCUGACCCCGCCCAUGGCCGAGCCCCCCGAGGGGAGCUGGAGCUGCCACCUCUGCCUGGACCUGCUCAAGGAGAAGGCGUCGAUUUACCAGAACCAGAACAGCUCCUGAUCCUGCUCUUCCUCCUCCUCCUCCUCCUCCUCCUCACCCCUCGGCUCUGGGGCCUUUAUUCCCCCUUUUCUGGGUCAUUUUCCUUCCUUUCU